UAAAAAAAUUUAAUCCAUAUUUUUUCUGAAAAAUAAUUAUUAUGGAGGAUGAGAGCAAUGAGCAUUCCUCAGGUAGUCCGGAAAGUCCAAAUUGUUUAAAGAGCAAAAAUAAAGAGCAAGAUCGAUUUCUUCCUAUAGCAAAUGUGGGCAGAAUAAUGAAAAAAGUGAUUCCGGGAAAUGGUAAGAUUUCAAAGGAUGCAAAAGAAACGGUUCAAGAAUGCGUUUCGGAAUUCAUUAGCUUUAUCACGGGCGAAGCCUCCGAUAAAUGCCAACGAGAAAAACGAAAGACUAUCAAUGGCGACGAUAUUAUUUGGGCUAUAACCACACUAGGGUUCGAAGAUUACGUCGCUCCAUUAAAAUUGUAUCUUAAUAAAUAUCGAGAAAUUGAAGGCGACAAGUUAAAUAUUCCGAAGCAACAAAGGUUACACCAAGAGCAAGAACAAAACUAUAACAAUAAUGUUUAUUCUUCUACACCCAACACUACUUCUCUUAUGUCUCAACAAUCUUUUGUUGAUCAUCAACCAUUUUCCUUACCUUUCUCUUCUUCUAACUCUAUUCAAAAACAGCUACACCAACAAGAUCAAAUCGAUUCGCUGGGGCAUUGGUAAGACAUUGCCGAAAUAUUUAUUAUAAAAGCGGAACGAUCGUUUUCUUUUUUUUUCUUUGUGAUUUUUUAAAGAAAGAUGUUAUUUUGCUUCAUGUUAUAAGCAUAUUAUUUUGUAAAGUCUAUAUAUUCAAUCCACUUCAUUCUACUUGUAUGGUCUUGUAAGGCUGUAAAUAGGAUGUAUAUAUUAAAUCUUUGCAUUAUAUUAAAAAAAGAGACUGUUCUUCCAUGUAACAAAGUUUUUGGUGAUUAAAAAUUUGAAUAUUAGUUUUU